CAGUCUCCGAGCUCCACAGAGUCACCUUGGCCCGGCUGCUGAGCUGCUGUACCGGCUUCCGAGAGCAGGUGUUCGGCUCAGAGGCACUCAGGCAGGCGGCGGGAAUCUGACCGGGCACUCAAACAUGGCGGAGCCAAAGCUGAAGACCUCUCCGAAGGCCAUCAAGUUCCUGUUCGGGGGUCUGGCCGGCAUGGCGGCCACGGUCUUCGUCCAGCCUCUGGACCUGGUGAAGAACCGGAUGCAGCUGAGCGGUCAGGGGACGAAGGCCCGCGAGUACAAGACCAGCUUCCACGCCCUGUUCUCCAUCCUGAAGAACGAGGGUGUGGGCGGCAUCUACACGGGGCUCUCGGCCGGGCUGCUGCGCCAGGCCACGUACACCACGACCCGCCUGGGAAUCUACAGCAUCCUGUUUGAGAAGAUGACCGGAGAGGACGGCCGGCCGCCCAACUUCCUGCUCAAGGCACUGAUCGGGAUGACGGCCGGAGCUACAGGAGCGUUUGUGGGGACACCAGCAGAAGUGGCUCUGAUCAGGAUGACGGCUGAUGGACGUCUCCCUCCAGACCAGAGGAGAGGUUACAGUAAUGUGUUCAACGCUCUGGCCAGAAUUACCAGAGAGGAAGGAUUCACCAUGCUGUGGAGGGGGUGUGUUCCUACCAUGGCUCGAGCUGUCGUGGUGAACGCCGCUCAGCUCGCCUCGUACUCACAGACCAAACAGGCUCUACUGGACUCGGGGUAUUUUGGAGACGACAUUCUGUGUCACUUCUGUGCCAGUAUGAUCAGCGGCCUGGUUACCACGGUAGCAUCCAUGCCCGUAGACAUCGUCAAGACCAGGAUCCAGAGCAUGAGGAUGAUCGACGGGAAACCGGAGUAUAAAAACGGUUUGGAGGUGCUGCUGCGCGUGGUGAGGAACGAGGGCUUCUUCUCCCUGUGGAAAGGCUUCACGCCGUACUACGCCCGGCUCGGGCCGCACACCGUGCUCACCUUCAUCUUCCUGGAGCAGAUGAACCGGCUCUACAAGACCCGGGUCCUGGACCGCUGACACCACAAACACACACACACAGAGACCUCACAUCUUCAGAACUCCAAGCUGAGGGAUUUAAAGGAACAGUCACGCUGCUGUUCUUCUGUUCACACUCUGGUGGACUGUUCCUUUAAGAGGAUUGCACACACAUCCCUGUACUUCUGUCUUUGUGGGGACCCUCAUUUACAUAACCCUGACCCAGAACCAGGUCUGAAGGUGACACCCAGGGUGGUCCUCACAAACAUGUUCACAUACACACAUACAGUGUUUUCAGUUCUUAUUGUAAAGAAGAGAAUGUUGAAUCCAUGUAGUUCAACCAUCAUUAGGGAUGUUGUCAAUAAUAAUAAUAAUGCGUUGCAUCUGUAAAUCUGUGACUCCUCCGCACGGCAUCAUGGGAAAGGUGGAAGAAUAAACAGUGUGCGCCUCA